UCUGAUAGGGAGCAGGGGCUGACACUACCCCCGUGUGGGCGGCGGAACGUCCCGAGGAUGACGUGCGGCGUUCUCGAAUCCCGUGUCUCGCUCGCUCGCUCGCCGCCGCCGCCGCCGAAGGAAACGGGAAAAGCAACAAGGAGGCAGGAGCAGGCGCGGCGCCAUGGCGGCCCUGGAGCGGCCCGUGCCCAGUCCCGAGGCGUUCCUGGGCCAGCCCUGGGCCGCCUGGGUGCGGGAGGCCGCCCCCCCGCACGCGCACGGCGCCGCCCCCCCGCACAGUGUAGAUCUAGAAGAGACUGGAAAGGAGGGUGGAAAAAGCAGGGAGGUUAUGAGGCUUAAUAAAGAAGAUAUGCACUUAUUUGGCCAUUAUCCAGCUCAUGAUGAUUUCUAUCUUGUAGUGUGCAAUAUCUGCAAUCAGGUAGUCAAGCCACAGGUUUUCCAGUCACACUGCGAACGAAGACACGGUUCAAUGUGUAAACCUUCCCCUUCUCCAGCUUCUCCAGCCUGCAAUUCCAGGACAUCCUUAGUACAGAUGAAACCGAAAUCCUGUAUCAGCGGCCAUAACCCUGUCAGCAGCAACUCAAAGCCAUUCAAAACGCCCAAAGACAAUCUACUUACCUCCAGUAGCAAGCAGCACACAGUCUUUCCUUCAAAAGUAUCACGGGAUAAACCAUGUGUUCCUGUUCCAGUAGUCAGUCUAGAGAAAAUUCCUAACCUAGUGAAGGCAGAUGGUGCAAAUGUUAAAAUGAAUUCUGCAACCACUACCACCAUCACCUCCUCCUCAGCGUCUUCAUCCACCAUACCUGCUCCAACUCUGGUUAAAUCUGGUUUGACAUCCAAGUCAGUGCCACCAUCACCAGAAAAGAUUCUGAACGGCAAAGGAAUUGUAGCUCCAUCAAUAGACAAGAAACACCAAAAUGGCACUAAAAGCAGUAACAAGCCUUACAAAAGACUUUCAGAAAGAGAAUUUGACCCAAAUAAACACUGUGGAGUACUGGAUCCUGAAACAAAGAAACCUUGCACAAGAUCGCUCACCUGCAAGACUCAUUCACUUAAUCAUCGACGAGCAGUUCCAGGCCGUAAAAAACAGUUUGACAUCCUUCUAGCUGAACACAAAGCUCGAUCCAGGGAAAAAGAAGUUGCAAAAGACAAAGAGCAUCCACCAUCUGCAAGGGAAAGUUAUCAGAGCCAGCCCACACCAGCACAAGACUCUCUGUCAGGAUCUUCAGUGAACUCUGGGCAAGAAUCUAAAGUAACAUCUCCUGCAAAAUCUAGACCACCAAAUUCUGUACUUCCAAGACCGUCAUCUGCAAAUAGCAUAAACAGCAACAGUUCUUCAAACCACAGUGGGUACGUACCAGAACUGCCACUGCCUUCCAUGGGAGGAGAUUUAACAAGCAGAUUGUCCAGUGAUGAAGGAGAAGCGGAUGGAGCUGAAGAAUCUGAGAAAUUAGACUGUCAUUUUUCUGGACACCAUCCCAGACCUCUUGGGUUUUGUUCAUACGGCAGUCGCUUAAUGGGAAGAGGGUACUAUGUCUUUGACAGAAGAUGGGACCAUUUUCGAUUUGCGCUAAACUCCAUGGUAGAAAAACACUUGAACUCACAGAUGUGGAAGAAAAUUCCUCCUGCGGCAGAUAGUCCCAUGCCUUCUCCAGCAGCACACGUCUCCACUCCUUUUCCAGCAUCAGUCUUACAGCCUUUCAGCACCCCCAGUGCGGUGUAUAUUCCUUCAACACCUAUCAGUUCCAGAAUCACUUCUUCUUCUUACCUAAUGACAUCAGCCAUGUUAUCAAAUGCAGCCUUCGUGACAACAUCAGAUACGAAUUCCAUUAUGUCACACACUACAGCUUUUCCUCACAUGGCUGCAAGCCUAAGUAUCAUGGACUCAACUUUCAAGGCACCAUCAGCUGUGUCACCAGUGCCAGCAGUCAUCCCUUCCCCAUCCCACAAGCCAUCCAAAACAAAAACCAGCAAAUCCUCAAAAGUGAAAGACCUGUCAUCUCGGGGUGAUGAGUCUUCAAGUAACAAAAAGAAAAAGCCGCAGUCGUCGUCCUCAUCAUCAUCGUCAUCGUCCUCAUUAUCUUUGCAGACAUCUUCCUCGUCUUCAUUUUCAGGGUCCCACAAAAAGAACUGUGUCCUGAACCCCAGUUCGACUUUGAACUCCUAUCAGGCUACAUCUUCCUAUAACAGUAUGUCUGUGCACAAUACAAAUAACGGAACAAGCCCACUCAGUGCCAAAUCGGAGCCCUCAGGACGGACUUCAUUAUCAAGUAGUUCAACAGACUCAGUGAAACAUAUGAGCAUGGUAGUAAGCAGUAUUGACUCUUCUAAUCUGUCUGUAUCUUCUCUUGUGCAUCACUCAGGGGACCACUCCCUGGGAGCACAUAACGCAGUGUCUUCUCUACCCCUUUCUUUUGACAAAUCAGAAGGAAAAAAACGUAAAAACUCUAGUUCUAGUAGCAAAGCCUGUAAAAUCACUAAAAUGCCUGGUAUGAAUAGUGUUCAUAGAAAGAGCACUGCCAACCUUAUUUCUGCGGUGCCAGAUCCUACAAGCAGCUCCAUCUCUCGGCAGAUUGGAAAAAAUAGCAGUGUAGCUUUGUCACAGUCCAGUCCUUCGAGUACAUCAAACCCUGUACACAACAGACAAAAGACGUCAAACCGGACUGGUAGAAUAAGGACUCUUCCAUGACAAGGAAAAGGAACCAGCCUAUAAUCUCUAGCUCUCAGCAGCCCUACGCCACAGGGUUUUUCUUUUCUAUGUCCUGCAGAUGGAUUUAACCUUUUAUGAAUUUGUGGUUUUAAAGAGAAUUAAAUUUACAGACAACUGUAAUAGUGAUUUGUUUAGUUUUUCACUUGUAUUUGCCACUGAUCUGUGCGUUCUGCUUGGUUAUGUUUCAUGCCUUUUAAAGCUGUUAGCGUUGCAAUGCUCCCUUUUUUUCCUUACCAGAACACAACGGACAUUCCAAAAAAACAAAAGAAAUCCAGAUCAUGAUUUGAGUUAAUUUAAAGGAUCUGCAAAUGUUUUCAUGAAAUAAAAAUUACAGUAAUUCUGUAUUUAAGCUUGUCCUAUGGAUAAAAAUGGAGUGCAUUUCUUAGUAACUUGCAAACAGCUGGGGCACUGCAACUUUAGGGACUAAUCCUGACUGGUGCUCUGUACCUACAGCAUUUAAUAAUUUCAAUGGGAAUCCUAAGUGUUCAGCCUCUUCCAGGAUCAGGCUCUUAAGGAACCUCCACUUCAAUCAAUGCAGAGCGGAUUUUUGCACCAAACUGUAGUUAACAUUAUCAGGGGCUCAGCGUAUAACAUCCCCGUAUCCCGGUGGAUUUGUAGACCCUCAAGAUCAUGGCGCUUGAUAACUUCAGUGAACAGUUUGGGUUUGCAAGGGCAGGAGUUGAACAGAUUGGCUUGCAUUAAUAGAAUUGCACUGACAGUGUUUCUUAUAGGAUUACUGAAUAAUUUUUUUAAUAAAAGAUAGAUUUUUUUAAUCAGGAAGCCAAUACUGGAACAAUAGAACAGAGCAGUUAAUUUUUCUUUCUACAGUGUUAAAAGUGCACUUAUAUGCUGGUUUAUUUACAU